GUAAAAAGACAAUCCCAGGAGGAAAAGAACUAGAAGAACAAUCUGAAGAUGCAAAACUAAUGAAUGGAAUGGAGGGCGAGGAGGGCGAGGAAGAAAAGUCUGCGGAUAACAUAGAUGAAAUUGACGAUAAUGAAGGAAAUAAUCAUGAUGAUAAUUCUAAUAUUUUUGGUACUCAGACACAAACUGAAAUUACAACCACUGAAACGCGCCCAACAAUGUCAUCUAUAUUUCGUUUGAGUAUGCGACUGAUAGUACUGGGAUGGAUGUGA